AUCAAGAUCUGCUUUGACUGAGAAGCUCCCAGGGCAGAGGCUGAGAAUCAUAAGACACUUCAGCAGGCAUCUAAAAAUCUGAAAGAGAAAAUGACUCAAGUAGUCACUCACAGGCGGCCCACCCGAAGUUCCAAGAUGGUAUCCAGUUCAGCGGCAAGGAAGAUAAAAAAAGCACUGAGGAAGAAGUGGGUGCGGGAGUUCCUGGCAGAGUUCUUGAGCACGUAUGUCAUGAUGGUGUUUGGCCUCGGUUCUGUGGCCCAUAUGGUUCUAGGAGAUAACAAAUUUGGGACCUUCCUCGGUGUCAACUUGGGUUUUGGCUUUGGCGUCACCAUGGGCGUGUACACGGGAGGCGAUGUCUCUGGGGCCCACAUGAACGCGGCAGUGACCUUUGUCAGCUGUGCACUAGGCCGCAUGUCCUGGAAGAAGUUUCCUGUGUACGUGCUGGGUCAGUUCAUGGGCUCCUUCAUGGCUGCUUUCACCAUCUAUGGCCUUUUCUACACAGCCAUUAUCCACUUCUCGGGAGGACAGCUGACAGUAACUGGUCCCAGAGCCACUGCCAGCAUUUUUGCCACCUACCUUCCUGCUUACAUGACGUUGUGGCGGGGCUUCGUGGAUGAGGUGGUAGUGACGGCGAUACUCCAGCUGUGUCUCUUCGCUAUCGGGGAAAAGAAAAACCCAGAAAUGCAAGGGACACAGGCCCUGGUGAUUGGUUUCCUCGUUACCGUCAUUGGGAUAUCCCUAGGCAUGAACUCUGGAUAUGGUAUCAACCCCUCCCGGGACCUGCCCCCCCGCAUCUUCACCUACUUUGCUGGCUGGGGCAAGGAAGUCUUCAGGGCUAAUGAGAACUGGUGGUGGGUGCCAGUGGUGGCACCAAUUCUGGGUGCCUACAUAGGUGGCAUUAUCUACUUGGUCUUCAUCGGCUCCAAGACCCCACGGGAACCCCAAGGAUCUGAAGACCCUGCAACAUUUGAAGAACAUACAAGUGCAUUGCCCAGCACCACCGUAUAUGAUUCAUAUAUGGCUUCUUCCACCACUUCUGGCUCUGAGACUUCUAGCAACAGACCUUCAGUCGCCCCUCCCUUUGCCCCUGCCUCUGUGGCCGCUACCAACAAACCUACAGGUCCCUCUUCCCUCUCCCCUGCCACUGUGGCCCCUACCAACAGAGUUUCAAUCUCCUCUCCCCACUCCCCUGCCUCUGUGGCCUCUACCAACAGACCUUCAGGCCCCUCUUCUCUCUCCCCUGCCUCUGUGGCCCCUACAAACAGAGUUUCAAUCCCCACUCCCCACUCCUCUGCCUCUAUAGCCCCUACCAACAGAGUUUCAAUCCCCGCUCCCCACUCUUCUGCCUCUGUGGCCCCUACCAACAGAGUUUCAAUCCCCGCUCCCCAAUCCUCUGCCUCUGUAGCCCCUACCAACAGAGCUUCAGUCAAUCCCGCCCUAUCCACACAUGACUCUGGGCACAUAGAGCACUUCUAAGUAGAGAUUAUUUGUGAUCCCAACUCUACCCCAAUAAAG